AUGUUCUCUAAAAAAGAGCUUACUUCGAAGGGUAUGAGCUAUCCGAGAGAGUACAAGGCCCUCGACACCUUAUACCGUCAUCUUGCUACAUUGGAGCAACAAUACCUCUCUGAUGACGAAGCAGAAAGCUUCGAGGUCAGAUUUUCGGGAUUUGACAUCUCAACGGGGCAGACUUCUAAGGGCACGGGUUCCUUUUUCCUGCCAAACCCCGGCGAAGAGUACAACGUUUCUGGUGCACAGAUCGAAUAUGAUGAGUUCGCACACCACCGCGGUGAAAAGGAGACCCUUGGACGCCUAGACUCUCUGACCAACACUUAUAUGGAGUAUGGUGCCGCUCUGGCGCAGAAGUUCCAACCACCAUCCAAGUCCAUUCUGUUUGCCGGUCCAAUGUCGGACCGGAGAAUGAUAAUCCGCGGCGUAGAGUAUACGAAGAUUGAAGCCGCUCAACAAUUCGCUGAGCCCCGCACGUCGCAUCGUGUUCUGGUUACGUACAGUACUAAUCGGAUGGAAGAUCGUGUGACUGUGUCGGAGUUGGAAAUAAUGGUCAGCUGGGUUCUAGGAGGCAUGGGAGCUCAGACAUAUGCAUACUGGCGGAAGAAUCUUCGGGCCUCUGAUCUUCAUAUGACAUUUCCGGUGGGUGGAGUUCCCAAUAUGCCCUCUGUCUCUCUGUUGCUUUUUUCCUAA